AUGAAGGAAAGCAAGCGUCACGCGCGGGCCAACAAUCCUGAAACGCCGGGAUACAAUGCCGAAGAACCUAACACGUCGCUCAUAAACUUAGAUGCAAACAAUUAG